AAUUUCCUAGGUCGUCAAACAUAUAUAUUUCAAAUGAGACAUCAAACAGAAUCUGUUUGAAGUAAAACUACUCUGUUUUCUACUACUAUAUUUUACAACCAUGGGACUUAAUUUGUGUGUUUUUUCUUAAAUAAAUUUUGUUCUAUAAAAAUUUAUGUACAAGUACCAAUGCAAGUCAACGAAAUCUUCAACUUUACGAGAAAAAUAUUAGUAACAAUAACGACAAUAACAUAAGAUUGAUUUUAAUUAUAAAUGUUUAUUUAGCACAUUUAAAGAAAUUUGGUUUUUUAUUUUUUAAUUUUCGUGAGUGUUUACAAGAUUAGACAUAAAGUAGUUAUAGGUAACGAUUUAAUAAACAGUAGUUUACCAUGUCGUCCGAUACAAACGAACAGCAACAACAAUUGCAGGAAAGUUUCCUCCAACAACAGGAAAAAAUAUCCGCCCUAAAAGAGCUAGUACGUAAAUCGGGAGCCGCACAUGGUUCAAGUAAAUCAGCCGCUCAGGAAAAAGUAAAAAAUAUAGCGGAAAGACUGCUGAAAUCGAAAGCAAAAAGUAAACAAGGUUUAAAUGUUUCCACCUACACGACGACAGAAACGCCCACAGCCGAGCUAUCUUUUGUGGCUCAGGAUCAGGCAAAUAUGUUGUCAAUUUCACAGGGGCAAUUUCCCCUACAAUCGCCAACACCCAACUUUGCCUCAACACCAAAUCCUACACCCAAUCCAACACCUUCUAAACCGUCAACAACGCACAUAGCUAAAACACCCUCCAUACCAUACUCCCUGCAAAGCAGUGAAAAAAUUGCUCUAAUGAGACAACAGUUGGAGCAAAAUAAAUUGCGAAUGGCUCAGAAAGCCUCGAGUAAACAGCAUUUAGAGCAAUUGGUUUCACAGCUAAAAGAUAAAUUCGAAAGCACCCAACAGUGUCUGGAGGAUACUACCGAAUUGGGUAGAUCUAUGUCAGAUUUAAGUAAUUUAGUCCACUACACACCCGUCACUCGGGAACGACACAAAUCUGCUACAGACUUAAGUAGUCAAAACUUUAGUCUGGAAAAAGAGCGCAUCAAAUUCCUAGAAAAUCGUUGUCGUCUUCUAGAAAAACAGCUAGACAAGGAAAAACAAAACAAUCAACGCAACAAUUCAGCCAAUGUGUCCAGCAACACUAAUGAACUAGAAGUCAAAAUAUCAGAUUUAGAAUUAUCUUUGCAAGAGAAAGAAAAAGAGUUUGCAGCUAAAGAAACUAGCUAUAAGGAAGAACUCAAGAAGUUGCAAAAUAGUAGAGAAAUAACAGAUUUUGAGGCUUCCGAAGAAAAUGCUAAACUAUUAAAAGAAAAUGAAGAAUUAAAAUUACAAAUAGAAAAAAUUAGCAAAGAAAACAAUCAACAAGACUUGCAACAGCAAAUAGAUUUAUUAAAUCAAGAAAAUACACAACUGAAACAGCAACUGGAAACUCUCAGCAAGCAAUUGGAAGUAUUUACUUCAGACACAACUGAAGAAAAUUCAACCGCACAACUUCAAAGCGAAAUAGAAGAGUUAAAGAAACAAUUGGAAACUUUCAAAUCUAAAGAAUCGGCUGAAACCCUGGAUAUAUUGAACGAAAACCAUUUACUAAAACAGGAAACUGAAACCCAAUUAAAACGUAUACAAGAGUUGAAUGAAAUAAAUGAUGUUUUGGAAACGACAAGAUGUGAUUUAACUUCCAAAUGCACCGAGUUGGAAGAACAAGUCAAACAUCUGCAGGCUGAUGUUAUAGUGGCGCAAGAGAAACUACGAUUGUCCGAAGAAAAAUGUGCCGAGUUAGAGCACAAUAAUAAAAAUUCACAAACAACUUCUUCCUCCUCAGCAGUUACCUCAUCGACAGAUAUCGACAGCCAAGUUAAGGCUGAAAUGGCCAAACAAAUACAAGAACUUAUGGAUGAGUUAUUAGAGGUGAAAACGGAAAAUUCUAAACUUAAAGAAACCUUAAAUGAACAAGAAAAAUUAGAGAUUAACGACAGUUCUAUUGCCGAAAAACUAGCCAGCUUGGAAGCCUGUAUAGAGGCUCAAAGAGAGGAUCUACUGAAAUCACAAGAAUCCCAAAAGAAAUACGAAGAGGAAUUAAUGGAAAAGACCAUAGAGUUGAAUGUAUUAAAUGCCAAUUUCAAGGUUUUAGAAGAAAAAUUGGAAAAUUCUUCUAAAUCCAAACAACUGUUUUCCUCCAGUAGUUCCUCCAACCAGGACUCUAACAAUCCAGAAUUGGAAAUGGAAAAUCAACAAUUGAAACAGAAACUAGAUGAAUCUAAUAAAGCCAUGAUUAAGCUGAAAUUAAAAUGUAAACAAACUGAAAAACAAAUUGAGAAAUUGAAAAAAGGUUCAGAUUUACAUGCCGAGGUGGUAAAACUUAAUAAAGAAAAAGAUAAAUUGCAGCAAAAGAUUACCGAAUUGGAAGAUGAAAAGGGUCAAUGGCAGUUGACACAAAUGGAAACUUCCCAAAAUAGCACCAAAGAAGAAAUCGCUCCCAAAGAAGACCUGCACAAAAAAUGCGAAGAAAAAAUUGAAAAAUUAGAAACUUUGGUAAAAGAAAAGGAAGUUUUAUUGGAGUCCUUAAAACAAGGAGAACAAUCCCGUGUUACCUCCGAACUGAGUGAAAUACAAUUGGAGGAACAAGUCAAGGAGCUGACAGAAGAAUUAACAGCUCUUCGCAAAGACUUGGAAAUAAACGAACAGAAAUUGCAAGAAUCUUUGGAAACUAACGAAAAAAUCAAUAAACAAAAAGAUGAACUAGAUAAAAAACUAGAACAUUAUCUUAAUGAAAACAUAGAACUCUUGGACAAGGUAGAAAAACUUUCCAAAUCCUCAUCUUCAGCAGAAUCUAUAGAAAUUGUAGAAAGAUUAACACAACAGGAAAAACAAGAACUGGAAGAGUUUAACAAACGUUUAGGUGAUUCUAGUGAGGAGACAACCUCACACAAGGAGGCUGUCAAUGAAUUGACACAAACCGAAAUAAGUCCCGAAAUAACAGAAAGUCUAAAUAAAUUACGCGAAGAAAGUUCUGAGCUAAUGAACAAAAUUGAAUUGUUUACCACAGAAAGAAGAGAAGUAUUGGAGAAAAUGGAACUUUUAACCACAGAAAAUCAUGAACUUUUGCAACGCAUAGAAGAUUUAAAACAAGAAAAGAAAGAUUUGGAAACUAAGUACACACAACAAGUUGAAAACUACGACGAAUUGCAGACCAAGUUGAACAAUGUAACAAAAGAAAAGGAAGCUUUGAACUUGCAAAUGCAAGACUUUAAGAAUCAAAAAGCACAACUAUCACAAGAGUUAACCUCUUUGCAGCAAUCUUCCGAGGUGGUUGCAGCUUUAGAUAAUGGUGAGACCUUGUUUGAAAAAUGUGAAAAAUCCUUAUCCAAACUCUAUGGAGAACUAGAAGCAUACCGCAAGGCCAACGAUAAAAAGAGUAAAUUUAAUGUUUCCAAAAAGUUAGCCAAGGAGGCAGAAAAUGCCCAUUCACAACUCAGCGAGUUGUUGCAAAAGGUUAAGGAAGCCAGCAGUGCUGUGGAAACGGUAACGGUUGUUGAAACGGUGGUGGCAGUAACAGCUCCUAACGGUAAAGCUUUGGCUGAAUAUGAACAAUUAACAGCACAAAACAGAGAACUUAAAGCUACCAUACAAGAAUUGCGCCGUUUGUUGGAUGAGGCUAGAGAUCAACAAGAAGACCAAAGCGACAAUAGAUUUUCUGAAGAAAGACAAGCCAUACAAAACGAAGAGGACAAGGAAUUAAGCAAUGAAACCAAUAUAAAGUUGCAACAAUCCCUGCAGCAAAUUGAAGAAUAUGAAACUCAAUUAAGCGAACUACAAUCCCGGGUAGAAGAUCUUACACGAGAACUGUACGAAGCUAGAACAGGACUGGAUGAAAAGUCAACUGAGAUUACUGAACUUAACGCAGAAGUAGCCAGCCUUAAGAAGGUAGCCGAGGACUUUGAUCGCACUAUCAAUGACAAAGAAAUGACACAUGAAAAACAAGUUGAACAACUAACCAGACUACGCAAACAACUUGAAGCUAAAUGUGAUACCUACGAACAAGAAAUGGAAAUAUUGCAAACUUUGGUGAACGAGCAAAAACAACAGCUUAUAGAGGCAUUUAAGGAGCAUGAACACGAAAUGAAUCUUAAACUUUUAGAGUUACAGCAACAUGAAGAGAAAGCUCACGAAUUAAAACAAGAACUGGCACAACUCAAACAAACUUCUGCCCUACAGGGUACAGAGCUGACACAAGAUUUACAAAAAGAAUGUGAAAAACUUAAAGAAUCCUUGAAAAUUAAUAAACACUUGGUACAACAACAAGUUGAGGAGUUGUCCAACAAACAAGAAACUAUUGAUACGCUCAAUCAACAAAUUAUUGAUCUUUACAAGACAAUGGAGGAAAAUGCCAACAAAAUUAUUGAAAAAGAAGAUGAAAUUUCCUAUCUACAGGAAUUGUUGGAGAACAAUAAACAGCAAAUGGCCAGAUUAGAGCAAACUUAUAGCGAAUUGCAAAAGCAACAUCAAGAUCUUGUUUUAGUUAAUCAACAACAAACAGAACAACUAAAUCAACAACUCGAACAGUUGUCUUCCCUAACAACUUGGCAACAAAAAGUUAAAGAUUUAGAGCAACGCAACAAAGAACAGUUGGAUAAACUAAAGAAAUAUGCCGCCAAUUUAAAAAAGAAAGCCCAACAAUGUUUGGAUUAUGAAGGCAAAUUGAAAUUACUAGAGACUCAAGCUCAAACUAACAAUAAUGCAGAAGAAGUAGAACUUCUUAACAGGAAAAAUGUACAACUGCAAGAUGAACUUCAAAAGUCCCAACAGCUUAUGCAGGAAAAGUCUCAAGAAUUGGAUAACAUUGUUAGUGUCAAGUUAUCAUUGGAACAACGGGUUCAACAAUUACAACAAGAGUUGAAUAAAAAGGAACUUGCAUUGGAGGAAGUGCAACAACAAACUUCUUUGGAGAUUCAGAGCAUGCAAGAUGAAUUGCUUUUGUUAAGAGAACAAAUGAAAGAAAAAAUGCAAGAAAUCGAAGAAUUCAAACAGACUCUAACCGAUAAGGACUCAGAAACCCAAAAACUGCAAAAAGAAGUACAAUUGGCUGCCGUACAUUCUGUGGAUACAAGUGAAAUCGAACAAUUAAGAUCAGAUCUUCAAACAGCACAAUUAAAUCUACAACAACUGCAAGAAAAAUCAGCAGCCGAAUUAGGAGCUGCUCAAGCCGCCAUACAAAAACUUGAGGCUGAUUUGCAAACAGCCCAACAAAACUCAUCAUUCACUUCCGACUGGGGCGACUUUAAUGAAACGGAUCAGUUAAAGGAAGAGCUGCAAUGUACUCAAGAAAAUCUAAAACUAAAAGUAAAGGAAAUAGAAGAACUAAGACAAUCGUUGAUGGCAGCUCAGGAGCAAUUAACCGAUUGGGGUAAUGAGUCUUCAGUGAAGAAUGCUGACUACGAGAACUUGAACAAAGUUCUACAAGACAAGACUGCCAAACUUGAAAGAGCUGAAAACACUAUGGAAGAGUUGGAAAACGAAUUAAUGACCUUAAGAGAAAAAGAUUAUGAAAAUUCACAAAAAAUUUCAGAUUUAACUAAAGAACUAGAAAGUGCAAGACUUAGCACACAACAGAUCCCUCAAAACAACGAAUUAGAAAACAAAUUACAAGUGCUAACCGAAGAACUGAAGGCAAAAUCUUUGAAAUUUGAAAAAUCCAAAGCAGUUAUAAAAGAACGCAAUGGUCAAAUCCAAAGAUUGCAGGCGCAACUUAAGGACUUGCAAGAAAAAUUAACAACCUGUCCCGAAGAAGAGAUACUUUCUCCUACUACACAACAUCAAUUGGAUGCUUCCAUACAGCAGCCGGUAAGAGAAGAACUGGAAGCUCUUCAAGAUGCCUACAAUAAGUUAAAUGAAAAGUACAACAGUGAGAAAGCCAAUUUCCAAGAAACUAUAACCCGUUUAGAAACAUUACACGAUGGCAUACAAGCUAAAUUACAAGAGGAUAUGUCCUACAUAGAAACCCUCGAACAAGAGAAUAAUACAUUCAAAGAAAAGAUCUGUCGUUUGCAAGAAUGUGUUUCAGGUUUUGAAGAGCGUAGAGCCUCCAUGGAACGUAAGGUUAAUAUUAUGGAUGAACAGUUACAAACUAAAGCCGAGGAACAUCUUAAGGUGGAAGAUGAAUUAGUAUAUCGUCUCAAUAUGCUUUCCGAACAUGAUGAAGUCAUAGCUCAACGCUUAUUGGAUUCACAAAGUGAGAAGGAAGUCAUAGAAGAGAACUAUCGUAAACUCCAAACCGAUUACAAUCAAAUGCAAGCUCAGUACCAAAAAUUGGAAAAAGAAUUCAAUGAGUUUAAGUCUACAGCUAGUGAUAAUUAUGAUCAAGAAUUAAACACUUUAAGGGAACAGCUAACAAAGGCUGAAGCUGAUAUGGAGCGACAGAAGGCUGUUUAUGAUGGAAAGUUGGCGGCUAAGGUCACAGAGCUCGAUGAACUUGAGUGUGAACUCAGCGAACAACUCGAUAAAAUAAAUGCUGAAAAGAGACAACUAUCCGAACAGCUAGAACGUAUGACAGAUGAUUGCGCCGUCCAUCAGAAUGAAAUAUUAAGACUACAAGAGAAUCUUAAUACCUUAGAACAAGCUAAAAGCGAGCUGGAACGUGAAUCAUCUUGGUUGCGUAUGCAAACCGAGAAUUCGCAACAAGACCUUUAUGAACUACAAGAACUACGCAUGCAGUCUAUGCAAGAUAAGACAGAAAUUGAGAAUCUUAGGCACCAAAUUGAUACAUUAUCCUCCAACCAUGAAAGUGAACUGCAAGCAUUACGCACUCAAAUAGCAGAGUUAGAUACCUUGCGCAUGCAAGUCGGCCAGAAUCAAACUGAUGACCAGGUAUUCAUAGAAACUGAAAAUAAGAGAUUGACAGAUCUUUUGGCUGAAAAAGAAUCUAUUAUAGAGAACUAUCAACGCCAGAAUUUGCAAUUGCAAAUGGCAGCUGCAGCCGCAAGUUCAACUACCUCAAAUCAACAAGAUCCAUUUGCCUUAGCCUUUGGCUUGCCUGCACAAAAUGCAACAAACAACCAAUUGCCUACAAGUGAUAAUAACAGCAACGAAAUAGAACGCCUUAACCAAGAAGUACAAGACAAAAAUCAGCUAAUAUAUCGUCUACAACAGGACUUGAACAAUUUACAGGCUGAAUUCAAUGUAGUUAAUGAUGCCAAUCAGGAAAUGCAAAGUCAGUUAACAGAACGCCAACAGGAUGCCGUAAAUCUACAAACUCUGCAAAGUGUAGCUUCUGCUUUAACCGAAUCACAGCCUACAGAUGUUAUUCCCGCUCCCCCUAUGUUCUUUACAGCAGAUACAGCCGUUAGAUCACCUUUCGAUGACUUAAUACAAGCCUCCCAUACCGCGGAAUCUGCUAAUGAAAUUUCCCUAGAACAGCCUCCUACCAUCGAAGAUUUACAACGUAAUGUCUCCGAUUUGGAAAAACAUGCUCAAGAUUUAGAGCACAAAUUGGCCACGCGUAAUCAAAGAGAAUCCGAAUAUGAAGACAAGUUAAGAGAUUUGGAAGCUCGUUACCAAGAGAGAGACCAGCAAUUACAACAUUCCCAAAGUGAAUUACAAAAAAUUCAAGCGGAAUUGGCCCAGCUUCAGCAACAUCAAGCGGAGUUGCUUGCGCAGCAACACGAAUUGCAUGAACUGAGAAAUCAGGUGGGCUCCCUAGAAAGUUUAUUACACAAUAAAGAUCAAGAAAUAACCCGCAUCAAACGUGAACAACAGAAUGAAGAACAUCUUAGAAAGACUAUGCCUACUUUAGAAAGUCAAAUUGUGCCUACUUUCCAAGAUCCAAAGAUACAACCUACUUUAGACAUGUUCUUUGGAAAUUCUGCACCGGCUCCCGAAUUUGAGGUCUUCACUCUGCCUCAGCAGUCCACUGAACCUGUUGUAGAAGAAAUUAUUGUGCCCAAGAAGGCCUAUUUGUGUCAUCCUGAAGAAAAGUCUCAGCCAGCUGCCCAAGAAACGCCCAUAACUACGCUUGAUUUGGGCGAAGACUGGGGUGAUUCGUGGGGUAACACAGAAGCCACUGCAGAAGCUGAACAUUUUGCUAAACUCACUGCCUCUACAACAUCAAGUGCUCCUGUGUCUUUAGUGCCCAGAGAACAACAAUUGGAACUACAAAUGCAAGAUCUAAAUGAACGUUUACAAGAGCUGCAACUGUCCUUAGAGCGUAGUGAAGAACAAAAGAAAGAACUACAUGUCAAGUCCGGUAAACUUAUGAAGAAACUUAAAGAAUACAAAGUAAAAAUAGAUGAACUCCAGUCUGUGGCCCAAAAUAAAGAUUAUCGUAAAUCAGCUUCCAUUGAAUCUAAUUCCAUGUUUGAUGAUCUAGUACAGGAAGAACUAAAGAGUCAAAUAAAGACUUUAGAAACACAACUUGAGGAGCAAAAGAAACAUCAAGAGAGUUUCACACUAGAAAAGGAAAAAUUGCUUAAGAGAAUCGAUGUUUUAACCGCCGGCAAUGAACGCAUGUCAGAGAUGAAGGAACGUCAAGAUAUGGAGGUUCAAAUGUAUCAGGCGCGUAUAAGAGAACUGCAGGAUAAAUUAAAUACUUUAGAUGAUUGGGGUAAUGAAGAUAAUACACCUAAGGAUGCUCCAAAGCAAUUGGUGGAUGAAAUUAAACAUGAAGAAGCGGAGAAAACACAUAAUAUUUCACCAAAUGAUUUAACCGAACUACAAAAACAAAUUUCCGCCUUAACCCUGGAAGUGCAAGAUCUCACUGGCGAUAGAUUAGAGCUACAGGCCUUAUUGGAAGAGGAGAAGAUGAACUCCACCAAAGCUGAGCAAACAGUAGCUUCAUUACGUCUACAAGUGCAGACCUUAGAAGAAGCUAAACUUACAGAACAAAGUGCUGAAACUUAUAAAUUAAACAAUCUUAAACUUGAUUUGCAAAACCUUCAGGAAACCUACAAUACUUUACUGAGCAAUAAAGAAAAAUUGGAAGCUGAAUAUAAGAUCCAAACUGAAACAUUAUCGCUGUCGCAAGCCAAUGAGAAGAGACUUCAAGCUGAAGUUGACACAUUACUGCAAGAAGUGGAAACCCUCAGAGACACUCUCAAUAAUACUAAACAAAGUCUAAUUGAUUUGGAGGCAGAAUUGUCACUACUCAAAGAGCAAAAAGAGAAACAGAUUGAUGAAGUCAGCUCUAAAGAGAAAAAGUUAAGUAUUGAUUUAAUGAAGCAGGAGAUUGAACUAUUGCUCACACAAAAGCAAACUAUAGAAGAACAAGCAAAUCAAUUGUUAAAGGAAAAUGAGGCACUGAAAUUGACUCAAAAACCUUCGGUGGACAUUCAAACAUUGGAGGAGAAGUUGCAGAGUUUAACAGCAGAAAACGAGUACUUAAAGUCAACCAGCAACAGUAGCAGCAAUAAUGAAGAGUUGGCGGCCAUGUUGCAAGAGAAAGAAUCUGAGAUUUUACACUUGAAACAACGUAUCAACGAUUUAAUGAACGAAGAUCAAACGGAGAAGUUGGUCUUGGAGAUACUCACCAAAAACCAGGAAAUACACAUGUUAAAGAUGCAAGUCAAACAUCUCGAAGAUGAUAAACACGAAUUGGAAAAUAAUCUUUCUUUGCAAAUAACUAAAGAAAUGCAAGCCAACAAGGAGGAAACUCAAAUCAUUCAACAAGAUGAUAAGCGAGUACAGGAGUUAGAAGCUCACAUUAAGGCUAUGCAAGAGGAGAAAACACACAUGGAAGAAGAAUUGCAGGUUCUAAAUAAUCAUGUUUUAGAAUCCCUGCAAUUAGAGGAUAAAAUGAAAGCUCUUACUUUGGAGUUGGACACCAAAAACAUAGAAAUCUCUGAAUUGCGCAAAACAGUGGAAUCGUUGAAAUCUACUGGAGAAACUAGUAAACCCGAAGCUGCCUCAGUUGAUUUUGUAGCACUAAAUAGUCAAUGGGAAGCCAUUGUGGAACAGCGCUGUGGUGAAAUAGCUAAAAUGUGGCAAGAACAUUUGGCCCAGAGGGAAAGAGAUUUCAAAGCAAGCGAAGAACGACUUAAGGAAGAAAUCUUAGCUUUAAGAAAUAAUCAAGCUGCUAACCUAACCAUCGAAACAGGACCUCAAGUUAUAUCAGUAGAAACCACUUCCUCAUCCACAACCGCUACAGAAUCCACCACCGCUUCGGGUACCACCUCGGCGGAAGCCUCACAAGAUGGUACACCUUUGCGACUGCGAUCUGAAGAUCCCGAUUCAAUUAUAGAAAAAAUGCAAGCUGCUUUAGAAUCCCAAGAAGUGGAAAUAGUUACUCUUAAAGAACAAUUGGCCAUUCGCUCGGCGGAGUAUGCCCGCUUAGCUGCACAAUAUGAUCCCUUCAAACUACGCGACACCUCUUCACACAGUUCGGUAACAGCUUUCUCGGAAAAUCGCCGACCAGCUGCUGUCGAAGCGCCAAUGGUGUCAAAAUCUGAAUUAGAUUUGGCCAUGUAUAUGCUGCAUCAGCGUGAUAUGCGUUGUGAAGAAAUGACUUUGGAAAUUGUCAAUCUUUUAGCCGAAAGAGAUACACUGCAAUUAAAACUGUCGAAUACUUUGAGGCAGUUGGAAGCGAAAAACACUCAAACAGGAGGUUUAACUGAAGCUACGGCUGCAACAGGAGCCGCAACUUCUUCACCUUCUGAAAAUGCAGCCAAUACCUCAGUUGCGGGUUCGACUGUGGGCAUUGUGGCUGAAGAUGACUUGAAUGAAAAGCUUUCCCAGUUACAAACUGUCAGCCAUUCCAAAGACAAGAUUAUCAAAGAAGAACGUGAGCAACGUAUACGUCAAAUUGAGAAAUUACAACAGGAUGUUGCCAAAAUGCCACCAGCUGCUGUUUCGGAAUUAAUUGGAAGCGAUUUAUCUCAAACAAAUCAAUCGCCUUCUACCGUCUUACUAAACUGGCUUUGGGGCAGUAAAAGCGGAAAUACUGGUGGUUCACCAUCUGGAUUUUAAAUUGUCCUCGCUGGAAAUAUCCCUUAAGAAAUUUAAAUUUGUACCUUAAUUUCUAAAGCAUUAAAAUUUACGUUCCAUAUUUGUUCUCCGUUCUUCUAUUCUACGAUUUCUUAAAUCUGAAUUUGUAAAUAUUAGAUAAAACGUAUCAUCAUUGUCUUAAUUCCUAACAAAAUUAAUUUAACUUUCCUUUAUGUAUGCUGUUGUUGUUGAUUAACAAGCAAUUA